GGGAAAUUGUACGGUAGGGUCUUUGGCAGAGGACUGGCAUCAGAUCCUGAGAACCCACAUUUUUCUACAGUUGGGGCUGCGGUUAUCCAUCCCAAGGCCGCUGUGGAUUUUGUUUAUAAUGGCCUUGAGUUACCCUGUGUUCCUCUUGUGCAAAAUUGUCUGAGUAGCCUCCUUCUGAAUUUGUAAAACUGAACCCAUUGGUGUUGAAUUUGGCACAAAUCUCCAGCCAACCUGGAUAGGUCUGUCCUAAGAUUGGAAGCCAGGGCUAGGAACUACUGUGCAUUGUGCCUUAAGCUCACCGGUCCUGUCAUUCAGGCCUCACUCUCCAAUCAGAGCCUCUUGCGGACCCAGUCAGCUAAAUGGGAGGGUACUUCUGGGAGCCAGGCUUCUGGCUCAGCUUGUUUCCUGUGGAAGUCGGAAGUUGUCCUGUGUGUUGUGCCUUGGGCUCCAACGUGGGGAGAAAGCGGGUUAGCUUGGCAACUGCACCAUGUAGUGAAGAGGACUUGGAGCAGUUGAAAACAAUCAUCCCAAGUUGGUUGCACCACACUAUCAAGUCGAUAAUUGAAUACCUACUCCUUCCUCUGCUGUCCAGUGCUGGGAAGACAGUUCUGCAGCACCUUCCAGGCUGGGCCUUGACUGGCCAGAAGAGGGCACCAGAUCUCAUUACAGGUGGUUGUGAGCCACCAAGUGGUUGCUGGGAAUUGAACUCAGGACCUCUGGAAGAGCAGUCAGUGCUCUUACCCACUGAGCCAUCUCUCCAGCCCUAGAAGAGGAAAUCUUGUCCUUGGGAACAUAAACCUCAGACAAGUGGCUUCAUCUUAGGUAAGAACAGAAAGCUUGUCUCAUUAUCACUAUCAUGGCCCUUCCUCUCUCUGACCCUUUAUCUCAUCUAGUGACCAAAUAUGACUAACAGCUCUCUGCACCUGCUUUAUUCAUAAAGAGCAGAUCCCUCUGCCAAGAAUGAUUUUUGCGUUAUUUAAAAUACACAUUCAACAAAUAAGCUAUGUGGAGACUAGCCAUGGGAGGACCUACACGCUCCUAUGGAGCCUUCCUUUAUGUUCUAUGACACAGUUCUGGAUGUAACUGUGUCAUUAAUUUUUCUCCCCCUUUGUAGUGGUUUGAAAAGAGUCGUCCCCAAAGGGAGGCACUAUUAGGAAAUGUGGCUUUGUUGGUGUAGGUGUGACCUUGUGGGAGGAAGUAUGUUGCUGUGGAGGCAUGCUUUAAGGUCUAAUAUAUGCUUAAGACACCACCCAGUUUCUCAGAUCAAUUCCUGGUGUGAGAGGUCCUUCUAUCUAUGUGUAGCUUUUAUUGGUUAAUGAAUAAAGAAACUGGCUUAGCCUUUAGCAAGGUAGAACUUAGUUAGGCAGGGAAAACUAAACUAAAUGUUGGGGAAAAGG